CUCAACUCAACCAGUUACAAGAGACAAAGAAAUCGUAUCAAUGCUGCUUGCUGCCAAUGGCCUGGUGCUGGUGAUGCUGAAUGCUAAAUACCAGCUCAAUAUGUGCUCUUCCAUGAUUACUCCUUUGUGCAGGGACCUCGUUUCAGACUCAGCAGCUCACUCCCCCUUGCCAUGCGAAACGCUUUAGCCAGUAGCCUUAAACGGCCAUGACCUCUUCUGAUGAACAUUUAAAGACCUCUCCUGCUAUCGCUUGUUGAUCCCCCUUUUGGGGACCCUACCAACUUCGCCAUGUCCUACAAAAGUCUCUGUGCACUACUGCUCAUGCAUAUGAGCGGCCUGACCGCACACUCAUGGAUCGACAAUCUCGCACAGGUGGGUAACUUGUCGAAUGUAGGCUAUAUACGAGGCUACGGUGGCCAUAUCGAUGCCCUCUCAACCUUCCAAAUCAAUAACCUCUCACCCUCCACACAACUCUGCAAGUCAAAUCAACAAGCACCUGCGUAUACCUCUCAGUUCCCUAUGCUUGUGCUCCCUGCAGGACAGAGUUUCAUUGCGAAUUACAGCGAGAACGGUCAUGUCACAAAAGAUAAGCUAGCACCAGAUAACCUGCCACAUCCAGGUAAUUAUACCUGGUACCUACAAUCUGCCUCUCAAUCCCUCAAAACACUCAAUGACCUCAACACAGCACAAAUUGUAGCAACUGGGAACUACGAUGAUGGACUCUGCGCAGAAGAUGCAACGCGCGGCCGUGCAGGACCACGACAAUGUCAAUCUCAAGUACAACUCCCAACAACGUUGGCACAGGGCACCUACCAACUCGUCUGGCUAUGGCAGUUUCCUAAAGUCGCUGGUGUUGUUGAGAUGUACUCGAGUUGUAUGGACGUCCAAGUCACACAGCCUGCCCUCCCUGCGGGCCAGGCUGUGGCGGUACAGAGCGCUGCCAUGCAAGUCAACCAAGAUGUGCGAGCAGUGUCAUCAGCGUCAGCUGUGCCUGCAUCACCGCGAUUACAGGCAGAGAUGCUCGUCGAUGCACUUUCGGCGCUUCUUGUCUUUGCAAAAGGUCAAGCUGCAGCACUGAAUGAGCCAACCGUUUCGACGCCGGUAGCACCAGCUGUUCCAGCUGUGGCACAAGCAGCGAUACCUACACCGAGUAUGACAACACUCACGAAACUCGUGAUUGCACAAACGACACGAAAGCCAGCGAAUCCAUUGAUUGAUGCUUAUUGACGCUCCAUAUUCUGCAAAGGAGCCGGCUGGCCUGUUUCUAGAUCUAUUAAUAUGCAAUUGUAUAUGAACUCAUAAUCCCCGUC